AUGGCGCGACUCGCAAGCCAACAAGGUGCCUCCAAGGCUUUCUCUUGGACCACCGUCUUCUACCUGCUCUUGGUGCUGAUUGCUCCUAUGGCGCUCUUCAGCUCCCCGGCUCAGGCCAACAGCACUGACGCUGCUGAAGAUUACGGCAGUGUUAUUGGUAUCGAUUUGGGAACUACAUACUCUUGUGUUGGUGUGAUGCAGAACGGAAAGGUUGAGAUUCUCGUCAACGACCAAGGAAACCGUAUCACUCCCUCCUACGUGGCCUUUACCGAUGAGGAGCGCCUCGUUGGUGACGCUGCAAAGAACCAAUACGCCGCCAACCCUACCCGCACCGUCUUUGACAUCAAGCGUCUGAUUGGUCGCAAGUUUGACGACAAGGACACCCAGAAAGACGCUAAGCACUUCCCCUUCAAGCUUGUCAACAAGGAUGGCAAGCCCCAGGUCAAGGUUGAUGUCAACAACUCCCCCCGUACCUUCACCCCCGAGGAGGUUUCCGCCAUGAUUCUCGGAAAGAUGAAGGAGAUCGCCGAAGGCUAUCUGGGCAAGACUGUUACCCACGCCGUCGUUACCGUUCCCGCUUAUUUCAACGACGCUCAGCGUCAGGCUACAAAGGAUGCCGGUACUAUUGCCGGUCUCAACGUUCUCCGUGUUGUUAACGAGCCCACCGCCGCCGCUAUCGCCUAUGGUCUAGACAAGUCUGGUGACGAGCGCCAGGUUAUUGUGUAUGAUCUGGGUGGUGGUACUUUCGAUGUCUCCCUUCUCUCCAUUGAUAACGGUGUUUUCGAGGUUCUGGCUACCGCUGGUGACACCCACCUUGGUGGUGAGGAUUUCGACCACCGUAUCAUGGACCACUUCACCAAGCUCUACAACAAGAAGAACAACGUUGAUGUUACCAAGGAUCUUAAGUCUAUGGGUAAGCUCAAGCGCGAGGUUGAGAAGGCCAAGCGUACUCUGUCUUCCCAGAUGUCCACUCGUAUCGAAAUUGAGGCUUUCCACAACGGCGAGGACUUCUCUGAGACCCUGACUCGCGCUAAGUUCGAAGAAUUGAACAUGGAUCUGUUCAAGAAGACCCUCAAGCCUGUUGAUCAGGUUCUCAAGGACGCCAAGGUUAAAAAGUCUGAGAUCGACGAUAUCGUUCUUGUUGGUGGAUCUACCCGUAUCCCCAAGGUCCAAGCUCUUCUUGAGGAGUACUUCGGUGGCAAGAAGGCCAGCAAGGGUAUCAACCCUGACGAGGCCGUCGCUUUCGGUGCCGCUGUUCAGGGUGGUGUUCUCGCUGGUGACGAAGCUGUCUCGGAAGUCGUUCUUAUGGAUGUGAACCCUCUUACUCUCGGUAUCGAGACUACUGGUGGUGUGAUGACCAAGCUCAUCCCCCGUAACUCUGUCAUUCCUACCCGCAAGUCUCAGACCUUCUCUACUGCGGCUGACAACCAGCCUACUGUUUUGAUCCAGGUCUUCGAGGGUGAGCGCUCAAUGACUAAGGACAACAACCAGCUCGGCAAGUUCGAGUUGACUGGAAUUCCUCCUGCCCCUCGUGGUGUUCCUCAGAUCGAGGUCGCCUUCGACCUGGAUGCCAACGGAAUUCUCAAGGUUAGCGCCAGUGACAAAGGAACUGGCAAGGCUGAGUCCAUCACCAUUACCAACGACAAGGGCCGUCUCACCCCCGAGGAUAUCGAGCGUAUGGUCCAGGAGGCCGAGGAAUACGCUGAGGAGGACAAGGCUAUGAAGUCCAAGAUCGAGGCCCGUAAUGGCCUGGAGAACUACGCUUUCAGCUUGAAGAACCAGGUCAACGAUGACGAGGGUCUCGGUGGCCAGGUUGAUGAGGACGACAAGCAGACUAUCCUGGAUGCUGUCAAGGAGACCAUUGACUGGUUGGAGGACAACGCUGCCACCGCCACCGCCGAGGACUUCGAGGAGCAAAAGGAGCAGCUCUCUAGUGUCGCUUACCCGAUCACCAGCAAGCUUUAUGGCUCCGCUCCUCCUCCUGAAGACGAUGAGCCUGUGGACCACGACGAGCUGUAA